AUGGUGAAGAGGAAGUUGGGGGCCUUGGAAAAGGUCGAAGCCGACUUGCCUAAUCUCCAGCAUAAAAUUCGAAGGGAUCCAAAGUCGUACGUGGAAGAUUUCCGCGCGCAGCAUUAUCAAUAUGAGAGCCACCGAGAAAUUUUCAUGGCGGCACCAUCGUCAGCUGCUGAUACAGGCAUUAUUUCGCUGCGAGAAUUGAUUGACUUUAUAGCUCAUGUGGCCGACUGCUAUCCAGAUAUUACCAAAGAGUUUCCUCAGCAACUCAUGGACAUUUUGUCGCAGCACCACCUAGUGUUGGAACCAGAAUUGCGGGAGAAAAUCGUAGGAAGCCUGGUACUUCUGAGGAAGAAGGAUCUUCUUGAUUCAGCGACAUUGCUGCAGACAUUAUUCCCAAUUCUCAUUUCCACGCCUAGUAAAACACUACGAGCGCUGAUAUUCCAGAAGAUCCUCAUGGACCUUCGCACAUCCAAUUCCAAAACGACAAACCAUAAGCUCAACCGGACCAUGCAGACGGUACUCUUCAAUCUGGUAUCCUCUGACCGGACCUCAUCCAAGGGCUUGUGGGCUAUCAAGCUCACUCGUGAGCUAUGGAAGCGGCAGAUCUGGACAGAUGCCAAAGCCGUUGAAGUCAUGAAAGAGGCCAGUUUGGCUGAUAAUGAAAAGGUCAUCAUUGGUGGAGUUCGCUUUUUCCUUGGUGGAGAUAAGGAGCGCGAAGAGAUGGAGGACGAAAGUAGUGACGACGAGGCCAUUGAUCUCGGCCGGGUGAAGCACCAGGUUGGCAUAAAUAAAAAGACCAAAAAGAAGUCCAAGGCGAUCGAAAAGGCAAAAGCAACAGUCAAAAAAAAGGAGCGCAAGAAGAAUCAACCCCAUCCUCUGAAUUUCUCGGCACUACACCUUCUUCACGAUCCCCAGGGCUAUGCGGAAUCUCUGUUCUCGAAGCAUCUACAGAAUACCAAGUCAAAGCUAAACCUAGAGCAGAAGCUUCAGGUGCUUCAGCUCGUCUCUCGUCUUGUUGGAUUGCACAAGCUACACAUCAUGCAUCUCUACUCUUAUUUCCAGAAGUACCUCACUCCACGGCAACCGUCCGUCACAUCAUUUUUGGCAUCACUUGCACAGGCUUCGCAUGAUUUGGUUCCCCCGGAUGAUCUUGAACCCCUUGUUCAAAAAAUCGCGAAUGAAUUCGUAUCCGAAGCUUCAGCGUCAGAAGUCGCCACUGCCGGCCUCAACGCCAUCAGAGAAAUCUGCGCGCGACAGCCCCUUGCAAUGAACGAGACCUUGCUACAAGACCUUGUCAUGUACAGGAAAAGUAAAGACAAGGGUGUUGUGAUGGGAGCGCGAGGAUUGCUGAGUCUUUUCAGAGAGAUUAACCCGGAGAUGCUAAAGAGACGUGAUCGCGGGAAAGAGGCAUCCAUGGGUCUCCGCUCAGGGGAGAAGAAGGAAAAGCGAUUUGGAGAGCAGGAAACUGGUGGAAUUGAGGGUUUGGAGCUUCUCGAGAACUGGAAGGAGGAAGAGCGUAAGAAAAGAAGGGCUGAGAAGGGUCUGCCUUCUGACGCGGAAGAUGACGAGGAGGAUGACGAAGCGGAGUGGGAUGCUUGGAACGUUGAAGACGACGAUGAUAGCGAUGAUUCUGGCGAAUGGAUCAAUGUGCAGAGUGAUGUUGAAAUUGAUCUAAGCGACUCGGAUGAUGAAAAAGACGGCCCUCCUACAAAGAAGGCUAAGCAAGGUGACGACGACAAUGGGGAGAAGGCCAAUCCGGAAAUUGAAGCAGACAAACCUGAGGCUCCGAAACAGAACCUUGCAACUACUCGUAUCCUCACGCCAGCCGAUCUGGCCAAGCUUCAAGAACUUCGCACCGAAGCUGCGGUCAAUGCGAUUGUGUCGGGCCCUAAGCCUCGUCGUGGGCAAGCCUCGAAUGCUACUCGGCACACGGAUGAUCCUCUGACAGCAGAAGAGAUUGAAGGAUUGGCUGCCCUAUCUGCCGGAAAGGCCACUCGCGAAGAGCGGAUUGCACAUGCCAAGGAAGGCAAGACAGAUCGGUCUGAUUUUAAGAGUGUGACAGCGAAGCGCAAGGAGCGUAAAGAGGCACAAGGCAAGAGUACCACUAACAAAGAGAAGGCGCGCAGGAAAAAUUUUAUGAUGACCUUGGGUAAAGCAAAAAGUAAGGGCAAGAGAAGUCUAGUGCAGACCCGCAACGUGUUGAAGGCACAUCAAGAGCGCCAGAAACGUGGGGGACGGAGAGGAAAUAUUGGGUAA